UAAUUUUGAUAAACCCUCCAUCACCAAUUCCUCGACAGUAACACGGCAACAUAAUGGAGCAACAACAAAACCUAACAGACGAAAACUUCCCACUCUUCAAACCAUCCUGCAAACCCUCCAUAAACCCUUCACCCCUCACUUCCAAUGCCACAGAACGUAACUCCCAUCCCCAAAUCCCUCAAAACGCAGUCGUUUCCAAUGAAAACCCUAACUCUACCGCCGAAAACACCAAUGACACCUCCGCCGCCACGUUUUCCGAUCUUGGACUAUCAGAAUGGGUUGUCAAGACGUGCAAGGAGCUCGGCAUGAAGAAGCCACGGCGCGUGCAACAGCACUGUAUCCCAAAGGUUCUAGAAGGCCGCCACGUGAUCGGUAUCGACGAGACUGGAAGCGGUAAAACGGCGGCGUUUGCGCUUCCUAUUCUUCAGCGUCUCGCUGAGCAUCCGUUCGGUGUGUUCGCUCUCGUGGUGACGCCCACGCGCGAGCUUGCGUUUCAGCUGGCUGAGCAGUUCCGCGCCCUUGGAUCCUCGCUCCGCCUCCGCAUUGCGGUUAUUGUUGGAGGUAUGGAUAUGCUUAAACAGACUCAAGAGUUGGUCGCCAGACCUCACCUUGUUAUCGCUACUCCCGGGAGGAUUAAGGUCUUGCUUAAAGAUAGUCCUGAAAUUCCUCCUGUUUUUGCUAGGACUAAGUAUCUUGUCUUGGAUGAAGCGGAUCGAGUCCUGGAUGUUGGUUUUCAGGAGGAGUUGAAAUUUAUCUUUCAGUGCUUACCUGAAAACCGGCAAAACUUGUUCUUUUCUGCAACCACGACGAGUAAUCUUCAAAAGUUGUGUGACCGUUACCAAGAUAAGCUGUAUGCCUUUGAGGCUUAUGAAGGGUUUAAGACAGUUGAAAAGCUUACACAACAAGGUGUAAUAAUUCCUAAAAAGGUGAAGGAUGUAUAUUUGAUGUAUGUGUUGUCUAAAAUGGAAGAAAAUAGCAUUCGGUCUGCUAUUGUCUUUGUCUCCACAUGCAGAGAUUGUCAUCGUUUAAGUUUAAUGCUGGAAGUGCUUGAUCAAGAAGCUGCAGCGCUAUAUUCAUUCAGGUCACAGGCUCAGAGGCUUGAAGCACUUCAGGAAUUUAAAUCAGGAAAGGUUUCAAUAUUACUAGCAACUGAUGUUGCCGGUCGCGGUUUGGAUAUUCCUACAGUUGACCUUGUUAUCAAUUAUGAUGUUCCAAGGUUUCCACGAGAUUAUAUACAUCGUGUUGGUCGUACUGCAAGAGCAGGUAGAGGAGGACAAGCUUUGAGCCUCAUCACCCAGAAUGAUGUUGCUCUCAUUCAUGAAAUAGAGGCCCUUAUUGCAAGGCAACUUGAAAUAAUUGUAUACAAUGAAAAAGAGGUGCUAUCUUUGAUGAAAAAGGUUUUCAGUGCUAAGAAUGUUGCAGAAAUGAAGAUGAUGGAUGAUGGCUUUGAAGAGAAAGCAAAAGAGCGGAAAAAACAGAAACUGAAAAUGCUAGAAGAGAAAGGAUUAUUAAAGGAUAGAAGUAAAAAGAGAAAAAGAAAUAAAGAAUUUGCCAAGAAAGGUAAAAAGCAGGGAAAAAAGGAGGUGGAGGCAUUAGGAGAUGUAGCAUCACUAAAGAGAAGGAGUAAGACUAAGAAGAGCGAAUAAAUGAGUAUAUCUAGGAAUUAAUACUUAACAGACAAAAAUCAAAGGCAUAAGAAAAGGUGAAGUGGACAGGGAGGAGAUAAAUCAUAGUAGUUGCACACAUUGUGUCCACAUCUUCUGAGGGUGGCAAAUGUUGAGUUGGAGUAGUCCUGAGACUAACCCCCAAAUAACUUAAGCAAAUGAUGCGCGAUUUUGGCUAUCAAGAUAUUAACAUUAUGACUCAGGAGUUGUAUACAUCGUAAUAGUCAAAUGAAGACUGUGGAUUUUGGCUUGGUAAAUUAUUAGCAUUGUUUUCCCCUUGGAAUCUUGAUAAUGUUUAAUUUUUUGUAGUUUGAUUGUAUUAUAUUAUUGCUUGUAUUUUAUUGGGGAUCAUUUGAUAUUUGAGGGAAAAGUAAGGACCCAUUAAAAAGACUUAAACUGAGGUAGCAGAUUCCAAACACCUCAAAGAACUUGGGAGCAUUUAUACAGGGAACCAUCCAGUUUUGCAGUCUAUUCUCUAUUGUAUCAAAUGUUGAUUUAUUUUUGGAAAAUUAAGAAGUGGACAGUCAAGUAGACUGAUAGACAAAGAAGUUUAUGGUGUACUGUGUAUUGCAAAUCUUUCACUAAUUUGGGUGGGAAAGUUCUUACGUA